CUAGUAAUGAUGUCAAAAGCAGUUCAGCAGGUAAACCUAUCCAAGAUAUGGGUUCACUUAGUUUUCUUCAUCUUGUUGUUCUUCUUCUACUCUCCCAAAAUUUCUCUUCUGCACCUUAUCGCCAUCAACAAUUUGCAACUGGAGAUUCAGCUUCCAUCCGUAAUAUUUGCAAAACCACAAAUUACAACAAACUAUGCAUCUCUUCUCUCAAAUCAAAUUCCUCAAGUUUGACAGCUGAUAUCAGAGGCCUUGCUGUUAUUAUGAUCGGUAUCGGAAUGAGUAAUGCAACUCGAACAUCUACCUAUUUGUCUUCUCAGAUGCUUAGUAACACAAAUGAUGUUGUGAUGAAGAAACUUCUCAAGGAAUGUGCUGAUAAAUACACGUAUGCAAAUGAUGCUUUGCAAUCAUCUCUGCAGGAUUUGUCUAAUAUGUCAUUCGAUUAUGCUUUUGUUGAUGUUACUGCGGCUAAAGAUUAUCCAAAUAGCUGUCAUAAUGCGUACCGAAGGUUUCCAGGGUUAGCGUAUCCGCCUGAGAUGGCACGUAGGGAAGAGUAUUUGGUGCAAAUCUGUGAUAUAGCUCUUGGAAUGAUAGGGAAACUUCUUGAAUAGUAAGUAAAAUAAGGAUGAAGCCCCAAUUAAUUGUGAAUGUGUCUCAUUUCUCCUUCUUGUAUCAUUUUCAUUUUUUGGGGUACUGUUCAUAUUUUUAUUUUUCCUCGUUGUAAUACUGAACCUGCAAGCUCUUGUCCCACCUUGUUAUUAAUUCAAUGCGGAUUCCUGCUCA